AACCGGGAGUAGGCGUUACCUAGGAACAUCUGACUUCCUCACUUGGUGGCUCAAGGGCAAUCAAACGGUUAGGAUGCGUUUUCGGAGAGGGCUGGCAGGAGACAGACCAACGCUGUGGGUCCCCUUACACCCGCUGCCUUAGUAGGCGCUUUUGUUGAGUUGCUCUUUGGAAUAAACAAAGCGCGAAAGACACCGGGCGAGGGUUUCUUUAGGAAAAAGCAUUAUCUCUCGACGACAUGCAGAAGUUCAAAUGGAGUAUUUAAUUUGGAAAUUGCAUUGAGAAUCAAUGGGGCAACUCACUGGAAGAUAGCUUUAAAGCGUUCAAUAUGCCAAGUAAAGAGGAUUUAACAAGAAUUGAAAGCCUUGGACUGAUUCUCGACUGGAUGCUCUUUUAACUAAAGAAGAAGAAAAAAUUCUGAAGCUUGUCAAGCACCUUUCUCGAAGAAUAAGCUUUGAAUAAUACGGUGUUUUGGGAAGAGAGUUGGACAUGGCCUGACUUGUUUCUAACCAACGGUGGAAAUGUAUGAAAUAAACGGAAAUUUAAGAAUCCUCCUGAAAGGAAUGCUGUAGCCAACAUAAAGAAGUUUCACACCUGUGAAGUCAACCCAAGGAUAGAAGACUCAGGAUGAAAAGAUGGCAGCCAUGUUGUUACCACCAGGUCCUGACAGCUUGCACCGGUUCACUCGUGAAUCCCUGGCAGGUAUCGAGCAGCGGAUUGCCGAGGAGGAGGCCAAGAAUGCCAAGGACUACCAGGAGGACUUGGGAGACGUGGAGCUGCCCAAGGCCCGGGCUGACCUGGAGGCGGGCAAGCAGCUGCCUCGCAUCUUCGGAGACAUUCCGUCUGCACUGGUGGGCGUGCCUCUGGAGGAUAUCGACCCGUUCUACUUCAAGAACCAGAGAGUUUUGGAGAAAGUGACUUUUAUAGUACUGAACAAAGGGAAGGCCAUCUUCCGUUUUAGUGCCACACCUGCACUCUAUAUUUUUAGCCCUUUUCAUCCCGUUAGAAGAGCAUCAAUAAAGGUUUUGGUACACUCAUUAUUCAGUUUUUUCAUAAUGUGCACUAUUUUGACCAACUGUUGCUUCAUGGCCAUGUCCGAACCUGCACAAUGGGCCAAGUAUGUUGAGUACACGUUCACCGGCAUCUACACGUUUGAGUCGUUGAUAAAGAUCCUGGCGAGGGGCUUCUGCUUAGGGCCCUUCACAUUCCUGCGUGACCCCUGGAACUGGCUGGACUUCAGCGUGAUAGUCAUGGCAUAUGUUACUGAGUUUGUGGACUUGGGCAAUGUCUCAGCGCUACGAACGUUCAGAGUCCUACGAGCACUGAAAACAAUCUCAGUCAUCCCAGGCCUGAAGACCAUUGUGGGAGCUCUCAUCCAGUCGGUGAAGAAGCUGGCGGACGUGAUGAUCCUCACCGUGUUCUGUCUGAGCGUCUUCGCCCUCAUUGGCCUGCAGCUCUUCAUGGGCAACCUGCGGCAGAAGUGCGUCCGCAGCCCCGCCCACUGCAUCACCAACAACACUGUCAGCAGCCUCAGCGUCAACGGCAGCAGCACUUUCUUCUGCAACAACAAGACCUGGUCCUCCAUCGAGGAGUUUGUCAACACCGAAGACAAUUUUUACAAAGUGGAAGGAGCCAAGGACGCCUUAAUCUGUGGAAAUGGAAGUGAUGCUGGGAAAUGUCCAGAUGGGUUUGAAUGUAUGAAGACGGGACGGAACCCUAAUUAUGGCUACACCAGCUUUGACACCUUUGGCUGGGCAUUUCUAUCACUCUUCAGACUCAUGACUCAAGACUACUGGGAAAAUCUCUAUCAUCAGACGUUACGAUCAGCGGGGAAGACCUACAUGGUAUUCUUUGUGGUGGUCAUCUUCUUGGGCUCCUUCUACCUGGUCAACCUGAUCCUGGCCGUGGUGGCCAUGGCCUACGAGGAGCAGAACCAGGCCACCAUCGCUGAGGCCCUGCAAAAGGAUCGGGAGUUUCAGCAAGCCAUGGAGCGCCUACGCCAGGAACAGCAAAAAGUGACAGAGACCGAGUCGAUGAUUUCCCCAGAUCUGUCUCCAUAUGUUCCCUCAGAAGAAAAAGCUCGGAGGAAAAGCCAAAGAACAUUGUCUGAGGAGCCAGAGAACGAGUGUGAGGAGAAAUCACAAAAAAUCGAUACGAUAGAAGGCAUGAAGCACACAACACACGCGUUUCUCGUCCGCACGCUGUCAUCACGCACCAGGAGGGGCAGCCAGGUCAGCAUCUUCAACUUCCGGCCACGCAACAAGGACUCCGAGGCGGACUUCGCCGACGACGAGUUCAGCGUCCACGGCGAUGCCGACAGCCGGGCGGGAUCGCUGGCGCUGCCCUGGACCAAGCGCCGCACCAGCACCCAGAGCAUCGGCAGCCACGGCUCCGGUGUCUUCUUCCCCAGCCUCAACAUCAACGGCAAGCUCUUCGUGGCCAUGGACCAGAACGGGAUGACAGGCCAAGGGCCUCUCACAGCACUGCCUCUGCCUGCCUGCACCAUGGAGAAGGUCAAAGAAGAAAGUGGUCCCAACUCCACCAAUGAGCUGAGCAGCAUGCUUCUCCCCAGCCCCAUCUCCAUGGAGGAGAUUACACGCAGGGAUCGCGCCAUGAGCGCGGCCAGCUACCUCACCGAUGCCAUGGAGGAACUGGAGGAGGCCCAGCAGAAGUGCCACCCCUGCUGGUAUGCCUUCGCCCACAAGUUCCUGAUCUGGAGGUGCUGCCCGAAUUGGCUCCGGUUCAAGGAGGUCAUCAUGUUCAUGGUGAUGGAUCCCUUCCUGGACCUGGCCAUCACCAUCUGCAUUGUCCUCAACACCCUCUUCAUGGCCAUGGAACACUACCCCAUGACCGAGGAGUUCAACACCAUGCUCUCCAUCGGCAACCUGGUUUUCACUGGGAUCUUCACUGCUGAGAUGGUCCUGAAGAUCAUCGCUCUGGACCCGUACUUCUACUUCCAGCAAGGCUGGAACAUUUUCGACAGCAUCAUCGUCUGCCUGAGCCUGAUGGAGCUGGGUCUGUCAGACGUGGAGGGCCUGUCCGUUCUACGAUCCUUCAGACUGUUGAGGGUUUUCAAGCUGGCAAAAUCAUGGCCGACCCUGAACACCUUGAUCAAGAUCAUUGGCAAUUCCGUGGGCGCGCUGGGGAACCUCACCCUCGUCCUGGCCAUCAUCGUCUUCAUCUUUGCCGUGGUCGGCAUGCAGCUCUUCGGCAAGAACUACGAGGUGUGCGUGUGCAAGAUCUCCAAGGAUUGUACGCUGCCACGCUGGCACAUGAAGGACUUCUUCCACUCAUUCCUCAUCGUGUUCCGCGUGCUGUGCGGGGAGUGGAUCGAGACCAUGUGGGAUUGUAUGGAAGUGGCGGGCCAGCCCAUGUGCCUCCUGGUCUUCAUGUUGGUCAUGGUCAUCGGGAAUCUGGUGGUCCUGAAUCUUUUCCUGGCCUUGUUGCUCAGCUCGUUCAGCGCUGACAACCUGUCGGCUCCCGACGAGGACGGCGAGAUGAACAACCUGCAGAUCGCCAUCGCCCGCAUCCAACGCGGCAUGGGCUGGCUCCGCCGCGCCAUCUGCGACUUCUUCAACGGCAAUUUCAAGCGACGGCGACAGAAGGCCAAGGAGGCCAAGGCCAUGCUCAAGCUCAAACGCCUCAGCCAGCAGGCACAGUGCCGCGCCGAGGGCAACGGCGCCGCCGCUGCCGUCAUCGGCCGCCACGGCGAGCGCUACGCCUCCACGGUGAGCGGCGGCGGGGCUGGGGGCGACGGCGACAGCUACAUGACCAACCCCAACCUGACCAUCAGUGUGCCCAUCGCUCCCGGCGAGUCCGAUGUGGACUUCCCGGAGGAGGAGGAAGAGGAGGAGGAGCAGAGCGAGAGCUCGGAGGAGGAAGAGGUCGAGGAGACGAAGCAGAAGGAUGACAUCAGCCUGUCAGAAGGCAGCACAGUGGACCUCAGGAAGCCGGGUGAGGAAGAGGAUGAGUACUCGGAGAUGGCCGAAGAGGCCAUGGACCCUGACAACUGCUUCCCUGAUGUGUGUGUUCGUCACUUCCAGUGCUGUGACAUCAACACGACAGACGGGCUUGGUCAGGUGUGGUGGACACUGAGGAAGACUUGCUUUCAGAUUGUCGAGCACAGCUGGUUUGAGUCGUUCAUCAUCUUCAUGAUCCUGCUGAGCAGUGGUGCUCUGGCAUUUGAAGACAUUUACAUAGAGCAAAGAAAGGUGAUCAAAGUCGUGCUUCAGUAUGCCGACAAUAUUUUUACAUACAUCUUCAUCUUGGAGAUGGUACUGAAGUGGACUGCUUAUGGCUUUAAGAAGUACUUUACCAACUACUGGUGUUGGUUGGAUUUCCUCAUUGUGGAUGUGUCUUUAGUAAGCCUCAUAGCCAAUGCUUUUGGCUACUCUGACUUUGCCGCCAUCAAAUCACUUAGGACUCUAAGGGCUCUCAGGCCACUGAGAGCACUGUCCAGAUUUGAAGGCAUGAGGGUGGUGGUGAAUGCUCUGAUUGGGGCUAUCCCAUCCAUCAUGAACGUGCUGCUCGUCUGUCUCAUCUUCUGGCUAAUCUUCAGCAUCAUGGGGGUCAACCUGUUUGCGGGCAAGUUUGGCCGCUGCGUCAACCGCACAGGCUACAUUUACAAUGUAACCGAAAUCAACAACUUGACCCAGUGCCUGGGCAUGAACGACACACAGUAUUACUGGACCAAAGUGAAAGUCAACUUCGAUAAUGUGGGUGCCGGUUAUCUUGCGCUGCUUCAAGUGGCUACUUUCAAAGGCUGGAUGGACAUCAUGUAUGCAGCAGUGGAUUCACGUGCGGUAGAGGAACAGCCAAUUAAGGAGAUCAACUUGUACAUGUACUUGUACUUUGUGAUAUUCAUCAUAUUUGGCUCUUUCUUUACACUCAAUCUCUUCAUUGGUGUCAUCAUUGACAACUUCAACCAACAGAAGCGAAAGUUAGGUGGGGAGGACAUCUUCAUGACUGAAGAACAGAAGAAGUACUACAAUGCCAUGAAGAAACUUGGAUCCAAAAAGCCACAGAAGCCGAUUCCACGCCCUGUGAAUGCAGUCCAACGCUUCUUCUUUGACCUUGUGUCAAAACAAGCCUUUGACAUCCUGAUCAUGCUCCUCAUUAUCCUAAACAUGCUGACCAUGAUGGUGGAGACAGAUGAACAGUCCUCCAAAAUGGAGGACAUCCUCUACAACAUCAAUCUAGCCUUCAUUAUAAUCUUCACUACAGAGUGCAUCAUCAAAAUCAUUGCCCUUCGUUGCUACUUUUUCAAAAUUGGCUGGAACAUCUUUGACUUUGUUGUGGUCAUCCUCUCCAUUGUGGUUUCAGAAAUCCCUGUUUCAGUGGACCCCUCAUCAUCCUCUGAUUAUACUGUGGAUGUGAGAGAUGGUAUUGUUCUUGCCGACAUCAUCGAGAAGUACUUUGUUUCUCCCACCCUUUUCCGAGUCAUCCGAUUGGCCAGGAUUGGACGGGUCUUGCGUCUGAUUCGAGGAGCUAAAGGAAUAAGGACUUUACUCUUUGCCUUAAUGAUGUCCCUACCAGCAUUGUUCAACAUUGGGCUCCUCCUCUUCCUGGUCAUGUUCAUCUACGCCAUAUUUGGCAUGGCCAACUUUGCCUACGUCAAAAAGCAGGCCGGCAUCGACGACAUGUUCAACUUUGAAACGUUCGGAAACAGCAUGAUCUGCCUGUUCCAGAUCACGACGUCAGCCGGCUGGGACGCUCUACUGAGCCCCAUCCUGAACAACUCACCAGAGGAGUGCAACCCCAACAUUCCACACACGGGCACCAACGCCCGGGGCAACUGUGGUAAUCCCUCUGUGGGCAUCACCUUCUUCGUCACCUACAUCAUCAUCUCCUUCCUCAUCGUGGUCAACAUGUACAUAGCCAUAAUCUUAGAGAACUUUAGUGUCGCCACCGAGGAAAGCACAGAGCCUCUGAGCGAGGACGACUUUGAGAUGUUCUACGAGGUGUGGGAGAAGUUCGACCCCGAGGCCACGCAGUUCAUUGAGUACUCCAAGCUCUCUGACUUUGCCGACACGCUGUCGGAGCCACUGCGCAUUGCCAAGCCCAACAAGAUCAAGCUCAUCUCCAUGGACUUGCCCAUGGUCAGUGGCGACAAGAUCCACUGCCUGGACAUCCUGUUUGCCUUCACCAAGCGCGUGCUUGGCGAGUCGGGCGAGAUGGACGCCCUCAAGCAGCAGAUGGAGGAGAAGUUCAUGAUGGCCAACCCAUCCAAGAUCUCCUAUGAGCCCAUCACUACCACGCUGAGACGCAAGCAGGAGGAGGUGUCUGCCGCCAUCAUCCAGAGGUGCUACCGGAGGCACCUGGUGAGAAGGCAGAUGAAGCACGCCUCCUUCCUCUACCGCCAGAUCAACACCACCACAACAGAGGGGGCGUGCAAGGAGGACAGCUGCAUUGCCCCUGAGAAGGAGGGCCUCAUAGCCUCCAUGAUGAAGGAGAACUAUGGACCUGAAAUGGAGCUGAUAGAAACGCUGUCCUCCACCUCCUCGCCACCAUCUUAUGACAGUGUGACGAGGGCCACUAGUGAGCUUUUUCAAGCUUUAUUACCCGAGGCCAGGGACACUGACCUGAGCGAACAUUAUCCUUCCCCCGACAGAGACCGCGAAACCUUUCUGUAACGCUGGAGAAGGACAUGGUUAAUUCAUGUUUUGUUUUUUGUUUUGUUUUUUGUUUACCGAAUGUAACAUAGUUCAUAUGACACCAACUUCAGUCUUGAUAUACAUGUGGUUGUGAAUCAAAACUGCAGGGUUCUCAAAGGAAAUUUGAGUUUUAGUUUUUUUUUUCUUUUUUUCUUGUGGGUAAUAGAUUUUGUUGGAAUACUCAAAGGGAAACUAUACAUCACAUAGAAGACCCUUUGACCCUGCUCACAUCAGUUCUAAGUUUAUAUGCAUGAAAGACUUCUGCAGGGUCAUUGCAAUUAUAUCACUGAUGUAAUACUCAUUUAUUAGACUGAGACAUACAGUUUAUCAAUAUACUGCAAAGUAUGCCUGAAUGAGUACAUAAAGGUCUUACUUAUAUUGGUGUGAUUCCUCCAAAUAACAGCUUUAAAAUUAAGCAAAAGAUAAGGGAGUAUGAUUAUGGUAGUAUAUCAAUGUCUAAUUAUCAGUCUUUCAUAGAAUGAUUAUGGUUCAUGCUAUUUUUGAUAUUUUUUAAAGUACUAUAUUGCCUCUGCUCUUUUUGAGUAGUCAACAAAAAACCUUGAAAACUACUAGACUGUAAUAAAACGGGAGGACAGGUAAUAAAAACAACUAUAUGAAUCAAGCUGCUUUUGAAAAUUUGCAUCAGUGCAAUUUGAGUUUACACAUAAUAUUUUCCCCUUUACAUCAGUUGCUUAUCAAUAACCUGAUCUGAGUAGUAAGUAUGAUCAGUAAAUGACAAUCAAGCUACUUCAAUAAUAGUCUCUUGAUUCAAAUGAACACCUUUAUUUACCUUGGGGUGUGUGUAGGCAUUGUUACAAAACAUUUAUUUCAGAAAGCCUACACCUUUUGCUUUAGCAAAAUUAUUUAUCCUAUGAAAUAUUUUUUUUUGCACGUUUUGACUGCAUCCUACACAGAUGUAACACUCAAGAACACAGUUUUAUUUUUUAAGCUGAAUAUGAUUUGUUCUAUUUUGCACACACCGAGUUCAGCAAUAAUUUGCUACUUUUAGUUUUAAAUACAAUUUUAAAAAUAAGUGUCAAAGUUUGUAUUGUAUCGGCCUCGUCUCUAUAAAGAAAACUUUUGUGGCCGCUAAGGCUACACUCUAACUGGUUAUAGCACAUCUGUUUUUAUAUCUCAGAGUCAACUUAAGGAUCUGAUCUUGGAUGCAUCUUUCAGGUCAGGAUUGUAGGUUUGUUGAAGGGCUGUUUUCUGUAGCAAUAGAUCCAGUGUGUGCCUGGUAGAAGUCUUUCCUCUGUAUCCAUCUCUGUUCAUAAUGGCAAGCUCAGCUUUCUCACCAUAAAAGAUCAUCAUCCAAGACAAGCUGUUUCUAAUGUUUUGUUUAUGUUGCUGUUGUGACCAUUAUUAUUGGCUUCCAUACACAUUAUAAGAUAAUUGAGAUAUAAUGAUUGAGAAUCCACUCAAUAAAAUGGAGAAAAAGACCUCACCCAAACCACCCUUAGAAUAAUUAAUAUAAUCCAAGUUUACCUGUGGUUCCUUGUACAGAAUUCAGUCUGUUUUAUGAAAGUACUGUACUCAAAGUAACAUGCAUAUAACCUGUACAAGAAAUCCAACAUGACAAAAAUCACUCAGUGUAAAAAAAAUAACAUUGAAACAUAGUUUCUGCUCCCAAUUAUUUCACGGAAGAAAGACAUUCAAACUCUCUGCAACUGAUGUACACCUGAAAUAAAUUAAUUGGUUUUGUAGUCUUUCACUCCACAGGAGAACCGACAUUUCAAAAGGUGAUGCAAGUCAUAGAGAUUACCUACUAGAGGAAUAAUAAAUGCUAAUGCAAUUUAGUAGUACAAAUAAUGAUCAACUGCAUUUUACUGAAAUCUCACCACUUAGAUGAGUA